AUGGACCAUGAACCCACCACAAUGACACCGGAAGACCAAGCCCGAGAACAAGAACUUAAUACCUCCCUCUCCGAAUCCCUCACCUGCCAGACCUGCACCAUCAGAAUCCCCCGAGCAACCUACCACCGACAUCUCGAAUCGCAGAUCUACGUGGCGACACGGAAUCCCCCGUUCAGGCUAUCCCGCGCAGAAGUGAACGGGUUACGUGCUUUUGGACUGUCAUCGCCAGACACAACACCAACACCCAGCGCAGAGGAGAAUAUUGAGAAUGAGAUCGACACCAAAACCCAGCUCUCGCCACACACUACCCUCUCCCCAGAAGACAUCCCCGACGACGAGGACGAGAACACCCCGAUCGCACCGCACGCGAGACCACCCCCGCGCCGAAGACCUGGGUACCAGUCACUGAUGACGACGACGCAGCGCGCGGCAUACGAGGCCCAAAUUCAGAGAUACGUGGCCGACGUACCCGGAAAGGAUGUCGCGAUGGCGCGAUACCACGUCGACUAUCAUGUGCAUUUGCAUUGGUUGAGUCGGCGGGGCGCGUUGACGCUGUGUCGCGAUGUGAAGGAGAUGCAUGAGUUGAGGAAGUGGAGGUGGAAGAUGGCGCAGAUGGAUGUGCAGGCCGCCUCCAUGCAAGGGGAGGGGAGUGGAUGUUCCGGGGACGAGGGGAAUGAGGACAGAAAGCGGAAGCGGAAGCAUGUCACGGUGAGACGGUGGGGGUGGCCCGGGGAUAGCCAUCUGUUCAUGAUGUAUCAGACGGCGUUGUGGCGGCAGAAGUGGUUGGUGAGGCAGAAGCACCUCGAUGAGGUGCGCGUCAAGUGGGCGGCCAUUAUGGCCGAGCGGCAAAGGCAGCGGAAAUGUGUCAGGGUGAAGCUGUUCUGGGGAAACGGCUACAAGAAUUUGCUGCGAGAGAUAGAGCUGGAAGAACCGUGGUUUGGGGAACAUAUCAUCAGGUAG